UUCAGCCUCUAUGACUUCGCAUCAUAAAUUCUCAAAAAUCUUCUCGUGGGUUAAAGACGAUAACAUGAACGACUCCACCUCAAACGUGAGACGAAACAGCUCUGUCCACAACAAAGCGUACCCAUCCCAAACUUUGAAACGGCAAGAGCAUCCACCCGCUUAUACCGAGAGACCCAUCACGAAAGCCAACGGCGCCAUCAUCGUCAAAACCUCAGACUUUCUACCUUCCAAUCCUCAAGCUGAACUGGCUGUGCUGAAGAAACGUAGUCAUAUAUCGCUACGAUCUGAAGAGACUUCCACAAGUCUUCCUAUGCUAUGUUUUGGGCUAUCUUCUGAUAUAGCCAGUGCCUCUUCAACCCACGACGUUGGCCAGACUUCAGAUGAAAAGAAGGAAGGGUUAAACACCGAGAGCGAUCAACUUGACAGUGUGGAACCUGAAAUUCACCCCACACACUUAGUGUCUGAAAACCAAGCCCUGACAAGGGACCUCGACAUAGCAAAGACACAAAUCAAGGAAACCCAAAAACGCUGUGACGAAGCCCAAAGCCUUGCCGAUGCAAGACAGUUUGAAAUCGAAAAGCUAAACGCCACAAUAACGACACUACGUCGCUUGCUCUAUCAAGCGAACGCUUUGGACGAUGAGCCACAAGACAGUGAUGGCAAAGCUAGUGAAUUCGAUACCGAUCCUCAUAACCAAAAGAUAAAAACCCUCCUUGAUGAAAUUGAAACACAACAGAAAUCCUACAAUGACCUAUCAGAAAAAAACCAAAAGCUGACCAAAGACUAUGGCAAAUUGAGCCUGCAUCAAGUCGAGAACAACGAAAUCAUCAAAGAGCUGCAACGUGAAAUUGCCACCUACCAUGAAGACAUUCAGCGGUAUGAAAUUGAAAAAGAACAUAUGCAAGCCAGAUUAAACAACUUUCUAUGGGAAGUCAACUGGGUCAAUAAAUGAAAAAAUAAUAUUUUGGUUUAAGCUUUAAGCAGCAUUAGUGUCUGAAUAUUUUCCUUUGUUAUUUGCUUGCCUUGACUCUUUUUGCACAACUGAGUCCUUGUUGUGCAGUGCAGUUUAUCAUUGUGUUAGUAAUAAACAUUCUAUUAAGCGAUACAAUGAUAUGAAAAUGCUGCCAUAUCUCAACCUUCUCUCGCAGUCAAUGAAAUUUCAGGCAAAUCACGAGCCAUAGGAAACGUGAUUGAC